AUGAGCUACGCGGUUUCAGCCCCUGCCCUGAUCCCGGCGGCCACCCUGGCCCUGGAUGCCACUGCCAAAUCCUCCAUGGAAACCCCAGAGACCUCUUAUUCUGCCCUGGGGCAGUUGACCUUCAGUGAUGUGGCCAUAGAAUUCUCUCAGGAGGAGUGGGCGUGCCUGGACCCAGCUCAGCGGAAACUGUUCAGGGACGUGAUGUUGCAGAACUACAGGAACCUGGUAUUCCUGGGUGUGUCUAAGCCAGACCUACUCACCUUUUUGGAGCACAUGAAGGAGCCCUGGGAGUUGAAGAGAAAAAAGAAAAUACCCAUCCAGCCAGGUAGGUGGGAAUCAAGGAAACAGAUGAUCCAGCUAUAUCUUCUCAAGUCACCCAGGGUUUAUUGCCAAAGUCAGGUGUAGAAGUGUCAUUCCAGAAAAUGUUACAGAGUACAUAUAAUGAAGAGAGAAGUCACCAAUGCGCUGAAUCUCAG